AUGGAAUUUCCUGGUGACGCCAUCACUAAUAUCAGUGCCAUUAAUGGGUUCUCUGUAAUAUAUUGGAGGAUUUACACUGAGGAAACUAGCAUUAACACUCAAGCCUCCGAGACAGUCGCAACUAACGGUUACAACAUUCUCAAACUUUUGAGUAGGCUCAAAGAUCUUGAGAUUAAACUUCGAAGCCUCAACUGCUUGGUGUCCUGCUAUCCUCGGCGUCUUGGUCUAUGGGUUUUUUCUUCGACCCCGGGUUUUGAAAGUUUGCAUCCUCUUACUCAAGACCCCACUAACAAGGACUCGAAAGAGCAGGACAAAUUAUCUAUCGGAGGAUCAUUUCUUAAGGUCUCGGCUUCGGGUAGCAUCACUGCUGCUGACCUCAUCAGAUCUCUAUCUACGGACCCGUCCUCGGUAGCCGGGGGGUCUUCCAAUCAGUCAAGAACUCCUGGAACAGCACCAAAUGGAUCCAGAACAGGCGAUGCCCAUAGCAAUUCUGUGGCGAUAUAUGCCUCGUUUGUCUCUGCGGUUGCAGGUGUAAUUAGCUUGCAACUUAUUCGACGAUUUAACGCAAUACCCUUAGGUGCUCGGACAUUAUUUACGUCUAUUGAUCGCAGCUUUUUCGACGAUCCGAACAUAGCCAAUGAAGAUGCGGAUUCCCUUCCUGCUUUAACUACUCUCCGAAUAGAAGUUUCUCCAGUCGGAAAGAUCAUCGUUUCUUUACAUACUGUCUAUCAAGAUGGGAUCUCACGACUUGGAGACCCUGGUCUCAUGGAGGUCAACUUGACUGAUGUGAGACCAAAUAUGGAUGUUUGGCUUGCUCCGAAUGGGACGGUUGCUCGGCUGAUCACUGUUAAUACUGAACAAUCUACUGUUUUUGCCGCGAGACAAACGAAGAACGAUGCGAAUUCCCGUCAGAUUACAGAAACUAAACAAAGAUUCUGGAAAGAUUCUGUAGUAGAAUGGAUGAACAAUGUUGGCUUGCCGGUCAAGUGUCCGGAGGAAGAGCAAUGGGUCGAAGUGGAAGUAUCAGAACCGUUCUAUGCACGACUCGCGGCAGAUUACUUGCGUCAGAUGGACGAUAGUCAGUCAUCAUCGCCCCUUAAACGUAUUCUCUGGCCUUCCAGCUACUGCUUUCGGAGAGCCAAGUCUGCAUCUACGACUUUAGUGGAUGAAAUUGAUCUUCUCGUGACAGAAUCUGACGAUCCUGUGCAUUUUGCCGAAAAUUGGCUAGGGACAGCUGGAACUCGACAAGGAAAGCCCGCAGCAGCCUCUUCAAUCCUACAACAAAUACCUCAAACUAAAGACCUAUCAACGCCUAGGGUUGAUUUUUCAGAACAUAUUGAAAGCCUUGCACGUGUAGCUCAAUAUCCAGAUUUACAAAGUGCGAGCACCGUGUACCCCACCCCACCCGAUGGUGCGCUUGCAUCUGCAAUGAAUCAAGCUGCCUCUGAUCCUUUUGGGGCCGAUGGACAUGAAAUGAGUAUGUCGCAAAUAUCAGCGGAUGGCUCAAUUGCGAGACGAGAUCAGAUGGUCAAAGCCUUUGGUGGCAAUGCUGCCUCCGGGCUCAAGAACGAAUUGGGGGUCGCAACCGGCCUUUACGAUACACAUGGCGAUGAAGAUUUAUUCGGUGAUAUAAACGAUAAAGAUUUUGGACCAAAAGGAAUCACAGACGCUGAUUUCAACUUCUUUGAUGAUCCCGAGAUUGAUGACUUCGAACCCGCUAAACCGGAUGUUGAACCUGUACAGGAAACACGACAGCAAUCACUACCAGAAGUUACCGAAGCUCGGAGCCCCACCGAAGACAAUUUUGGGGAAAAAACACAGGACGAAAUAGCUACACAACCAAUAAACAUAGAUACGCAAAGUAAUGAUGAGCCAAAGGCUAUCUUGAGUGUGGAUACGAAUCAAACGAAUCAAACGAACCAAAUGAACCAAACGCAAAAUAUUACUUCGGACGAGAAAGCAUGGAGUCUUUCAAAACAAGCUAUAAGUCCUCCACUUAGUCCUGUUGAAGUCAAAAGAAUUCUAUUUUCAGCUAAAAACACGAACGAACGCAAUGAAGGAGCAAAGAAAGACACCAAAUACGUCGAUGUAGAUCCCGACAAAAAGCCUAGCCGAUAUAAUUCAAUUUCUUUUCAACAAGGUUUGACUAUGUCUGACCAAAAAUACGCCAACUCCGGUCAUUUCUUCUUCACAGCGCAGAAAGAUAAACCUCCGACUGCGAGCUUCGCAUCCGAAACUCCCGAGAUUCCCACUGUUGGGUUUCCUCGUGGCCGCAAGCAACGCUUUACAUAUCCUAACGAUGGUAGAACAAAUGGUGCCCAUCAAUCUCCUCCAAUGCAAUUUCUGCCGCGGUCUGCUUCUGUUUCCAGUAGUGACACAAGCUUCGAUAGUAGUGACGAUGAUGGUGAGAGAGGGGUGUCGCCGAUCCGUCUGACGAAUUUGAAACGAAAACGCCCACUUUCAGAGGCUGAAAGAUCCACAACAUCUUCCUUAGAGAGGCUAUCCAUCGCUUCUGAGAUAGACUCUCAGCUAGCAAAAGAAGACAGUUCUGUGUUCUUAGGGAACUUCUUUUCCGUGUUCACUGAUUGGUCCUUGGCGGGUUGCUUCUCCAUUAGACAGAAUCAAUAUUCUCCUGUCUUAAUCCGCAAAGACGACCAAGUUCAAUUGGCCCAGCUUAUGGUGGAUCAGCUUACUCAAUCGUCACUUUCUCAUAAUAUUGAUGGCAGCAAGCCAGCUCCAGACCUUGAGGAUGAUACCGUAUCACUCCAUACUUCCUUUGACGAUACCACUCUCGGUGACAGUGAAAGACUGGACUUGAGAACUCUCGUUUCCAUGCACGAUAACAUACAAGCUUCUGUGGAAACGUCUGUAUCUCGGAUGAACAUACAACGCAAAGAUAUAAAGGGCUCAAUAAUGAGGCUACCACCUCCUCAUCUACGUAUUCACCGUGGGAGAGAUUUCAUAGAGGUUCUUCCGUCAUCUAUCUCAUUUUGGGAAACUUUUGGGCUAGAGCCUGCAAAUGGGCAAAAAGACGUGUCUUCGUAUUGCAUUUAUCCACAUUAUUCAGCGGAAGGGGCCGACACUUUUGUGACACGGCUGGGGCUUCUUUACUCUAGUUGCAACUUGGGUAAACACGUCAGAGGAGACAAGUCCAAGGCUUUUGAAAAUGGAAUGGGGAUGUGGAAUAUUGCGAAAGGGGAUGGGUCGUACGUGCGGACAAUGCAAGCGUUAAAAAAUCUUUGCGAAGGUCUGGGAUCUGCUUUGUCAAAAGCGCCUUCCGUCAGAGAAAAUUUCGUCAUCUACGUCAUCAACCCCUUCACACAUGGAGCAGCAUUUGCUGAUAUUUGCUCCGCAUUCCUACAUCUCUUACACAAAUACAUCGGUGAUGUUGACAAAAAUAAUGCAAAAAGCCAGAUGAAUGAGUUGGUUCUGCAAAUUGUCCCGAUGAGUUUUGUGUCUUCACCUACAUCGAUAGCAGUUCCCACGCAAUUGCAAUGCCUUUCUUUGGCUCUGGAAGUAUACAGUCGAUGUCCGCCGAAAGUUGCCAACUCUAGAAUUACGAACUAUGCACCGCCAGUACUUCUCGCAGAUAAUGUUCCAAAAAACCUCCACUUUAAGGUCACAUCCGAACGUAUUUCCCCCUUUCAAGAGGGCCGAUGCCUACAUUUGGCCGUCUCGCGCAGCGUUGACCAGCGUUGGAUUAGUGCUGCGUGGUCUGAUAGCUCGGGGUCUUGUCAAAUAUUGAUGUCAUAUUGUGUGAGGGUCCGAGGCUCAAAUGUCAAUCGCAUUCUAUCCGAAGUCCGACAAGAAAUCUGGGAAACUACCAAAGAUAUUAUGGAUCGAACACAAACCAGGUCAAAGAUCUUCUUGGUUAGAACGGAGCCCAUUGACCAGGAAGAAAUCGAAGCAUGGACCGGGCUUGCCGAACGAUAUAAUCAAUCCAAAGCUAUUCCAGUUGAAUUGACCCUUUUCAGUGUCAGUGUCGCACCUGGUAUUCGUUUGGAACUUCCCACGACUCAAAUUCAAGCCAACAUGAUUAACCCUUCAUCAUCAACCCCAGUAACUACUCCAUACGGGGGCGUAUCCUCACCUGACCAAUUUGGGGUCGGAACUCCGGCCAGUGGAAACCAGGCAGCUUUUGCCGCGGCCACGCCAACGGAAGUAUCGGGUCUUAUAGAACCUGAUUCAGAUACGGUCCUCAUCGAUGCACAGGAUGAGUCCUGGGCAGUCAUUCUCUCCCAUCGUCUCAGCAAUUCAGCGUUCAUGACCGAAUACAAACCCGCUCUGAUCAGUGGGUAUCUCCUACGUCGAAGAGGAGGUAUUGACAGCCAAGGUGUUGCGACAAUGUCAGUCAAUCUAGUACAUACACCCAGGCCUCCUGGAACACAUGAAGCUGUGCUCAGGGAAGCUCUUGCCAGCUAUCGAGAUCUAGGGACUCUUGCCCGAGCCAAGGGCACAUUUGCGGUACAGAAUAAUACAUUGCCGUGGCAUAUCGCUACGGCCGUAAAGGGACAAGAAUUUCUAAGUUAUGUUCUAUAA